UCUCCUGUCGAGUUCACUCUUCCACUCAGAUCCACUCACACACACCAGUAAACAUGCCUGCAGACUAUAAUGGACGGUGGGAGAUGGUGACCAACGAAAACUUCGAGGAUGUGAUGAAGGCCCUCGACAUCGACUUCGCCACCAGGAAGAUUGCCUCCCACCUGCACCAGACCAAAGUCAUCGUCCAGAACGGUGACAAGUUUGAAACAAAGACGCUGAGCACUUUCAGGAACUACGAAGUCAACUUCACCGUGGGGGUGGAGUUUGAAGAGCAUACAAAGGGUCUGGACAACCGCAAGGUCAUGACGCUGGUUACCUGGGAUGGAGACAAGCUGGUGUGUGUGCAGAAAGGCGAAAAGGAAAACCGUGGCUGGAAGCACUGGAUCGAGGGAGACAUGCUGCAUCUGGAAAUCCAUGUCCUGGACAAAGUCUGCAAGCAAGUUUUCAAGAAAGCCUGAGCUUCCUCUCAGUGUUGCUGUCUAUUUAUGAAACAGUUGUACAGAACGUCAAUAAAAAAUUGUAAUUCAAGUUUCCUGUCUGAA